AUAUAAGUUAUAAUUAACAAUUUUGUCUUUCUCUAUUGUGACUUCAGAUACAUUUGAAUAUUUGAUUUGUCAUUUUUCUCCAUCAAUAGGUCUAAAUCAACCCGUUUCAGGUGGAAACAGCCUCUUGGUUUCUCUGCAGGAGAGUCAUGGGCCCUAGGUUAUGUGUACAUAGGGCCUGACUGCCCCAGGAUGUGUUCAGGACAUGGUACUUGUAAUGUCGCUAGCUGUAUAUGUGAUGAUGGCUGGACAGGCAAACAGUGUAACACACCCACAGCCACACUCCCCACUCAAGUCAGAGAAACCUUUUCAGAUCAAGCAAACCUAAGAACAAACUGGUUAAAAAUAAAUGGAGCUGGAUUGAGCAAUGAGUGUGGACCAGUUGCAGCUGGGCGUGCGCUCCACUUUGUGGGAUCCUGUGUUCGUCAGCUGGUGUCUCAUGAUCUAGAUCUGGUCAAUGCUGAGCACGUGCAAUUCUACUUUAAGUAUGGAUGUGUAUUAAGUCCUAGCAAUCGUGAUCAUGGUGUACUGGUAGAAUAUUCCACAAAUGGUGGAAUUGUGUGGAACAUCUUAAUGGAGCUUUUGUAUGACCAGUAUCAAAAUCCUUCAUUUGUUUCAAUACCACUGGCCUCAGAGGCUAAGCAAAAUGGAACACGUAUCCGGUGGCGCCAACCAAAACAUGAGGGCCAACGGCAGAGCGACUGGGUGGUUGAUAAUAUUUUCAUCGGUGGUACACAUGCUUUACCAAGUACGCUUAGUGAUGACUUUGAAGAGGGUGUGGUCAAUGAGCAGUGGCUUUUCCAUGACAACACUAGACUUGGAUCUUACUGUAGAUCUGAUUGGCUGAUGAACCCUAUCGCUGAUGACAGGCCUAAUAGAUGGUCCCUGAUUGGUGGAAUGAACCCUCUACAUGACACUGUUAUCACCACUACAGAUAUUCAUUUGCAAAGAGGUUCAGUCUUAGAAUUCAAGUUAAGCAUGGGUUGUGAUGCAGAUUGGGACAGUGUCAUGGCACCCGUAGACCUUCUCUAUUCCACCGACUAUGGCAUUACUUGGCAGCAUCUUGUCAAGAAUUGCCUACCAUCACAUCCAGAAUGCAAUGGUGAAGUAACUCCAUCAAGCACCUACUAUCCAAACCCAGGAUGGCGAAGGGUCAUUAUACCAAUUCCAGACCAAGCUUUAACAAGAGCAACCAGACUGCGUUGGACUCAAAUGAUUUUUACCGAGGAUGCCAUUAACCAGCAGUGGGCAUUGGAUGAAGUCAGAAUCGGGCCUAGCUGUUACAAAAUGUGUCAUGGACAUGGCUCCUGCCAUUACCCAGUAUGCAUCUGUGAUUCUGGAUUUUUUGGAACACAUUGUGAGAGUAGCUCUACAUUGCAGACAAUGAUGAAAGACCGAUUCGAAGCAGACGCUAUAAACUACAAUAACUGGGCUUUUAUUCAAGGUGGUCAGACCAAUGGGAACAAGCUUAGAAGUUGUGGAAUUCUGUCUGAAGGUCGCUCGUUGUAUUUCAACCAGCCUGUCUUGAGGCUCGCGGAGACCCAAUCCACACGGUUCAGGUGGUGGGCGCCUGUGUCGCCAGAUUUGCCUCAGCCACAGUGGGCACUGGAUGAUGUUUACGUUGGUGGUUCUGAGAUCAAUCACAUUAACCUAUUUACUGAUUUUAAUAACAACACCAUGGAUGAGUCUAAAUGGGAUUUCUAUCCAUAUGGAGGGCUACGUCAAGGAGUGUGUGAUAAUCAAGGAUACUCAAUUGGAUGGGAUCACAUAUCGUCUGAUGAUAUACAUGUUAGCCUCACUACCAGACAGCUUAUAAUCGACGCCCAUUAUAUGAUUCAAUUUAAGAUUGCUGUCGGCUGCUCAAGUCAAUCCCAUUCUUGUCAGGUAACAUACCCAGUACAACUGGAAUUCAACACAGAUCCCAGUCAACCAGAUUGGCAGUUUGUGGAAAGGGAAUGCUUCCCAGGUUCAGGGAACCCACUCUGUCCACCAUCCCAGUAUCAUCCAGCCAGUGUGUACUCUGCUAAUGACCAUAAACAAUGGACAACGGUCACUUUUGAAUUACCUGCAGAGACUGUAUCAAGUACAACUCAAUUCCGAUGGAUUCAGCUCUCUGCCAACUCCAACAGGAAAGCACCUCGUUGGUCGCUGGAUAAUAUCUACAUCGGUGAAGCAUGCCCUCUAAUGUGUCAUGGGCAUGGCACUUGUUUACUCAAAGGAUUGUGUGUUUGUGAUGACGGUUAUGAAGGCCAAUCUUGCACACCUGUUCGCACCUUAGCAAGAGACUUUUUGGAAAACUUUGAGGGUGGGCUUCUGUCUUCUAUUUGGAGUCGUGUUAGAGGAGGUCGUCUGGGUGUUGGAUGUGGUUCCCUCGUUCCACACGCACAUGGCAAGUCACUCUAUUUCAACAAGUGUGGUUUAAGAGAGGCUGUAACAGUGGAAUAUGACACCAGAAAUACAAGGGAAAUCUUAUUUGUACUUCAAAUUGGAAGUUCAAGACCAUCCCCAACAUGUAAUAUUCACCCAGAUUCAGGGAUCACCAGUAAUAAGUCUGUAGUUUUUCAAUACACCAAUAAUAACGGUACGAAGUGGAACUUGAUUGCGGAGCAUCACCCGCAAUUAUACUCUCGAGCAACAAAGGUGAAGUACGAAUUGCCAACAGGAGCACAAGCAAAUGGUGUACGAUUCAGAUGGUGGCAGCCCGUUCAUGCUGGUGCAAGUUUCGAUCAGUGGGCCAUCGAUCAUGUGGAGUUAGUGCUGUAA